UUUGCUUCAUUGUCUGCUCCAUUCCAGGUGGCCAUGGUGGAAGUCCAGCUAGACGCGGAACAUGACUAUCCGCCGGGACUCCUGAUCGCCUUCAGCGCCUGCACGACCGUCCUGGUGGCCGUCCACCUCUUCGCCUUGAUGAUCAGCACCUGCAUCUUGCCCAACAUUGAGGCCGUCAGCAACGUUCACAACCUCAACUCGGUCAAGGAGUCGCCCCACGAGCGCAUGCACCGCCACAUCGAGCUGGCCUGGGCCUUCUCCACCGUCAUCGGGACCCUGCUCUUCUUGGCUGAGGUGGUGCUUCUCUGUUGGGUCAAAUUCCACCCGCUGAAGAAGACGGGUGCCAAUGCACAGGCGAGCAACGGCACCAUCACCGCAGGCGAGGCGGCCGCCAUCACCUCCACCACCAUCAUGGUCCCCUUCGGCGUGGUCUUCAUCAUCUUCGCGGUCCACUUCUAUCGCUCGCUGGUGACUCACAAGACGGAUCGGCAGUUCCAGGAGCUGAACGAGCUGGCCGAGUUCGCCCGCUUGCAGGACCAGCUGGACCACAGAGGGGAUACCUUGCCCUCCCCCGGCGGCCAUUUUGCCUAGAGCGCGGCCUUCCGGUUGGGAAGAUGGAACGUAGUGGCGCCCAACCAGGUUCUCCUGACCUUUUCCGAAUUUGUCUUGAGCUGUAACCUCUGUGUAGGAGAGGGAGAGGUUACAGGAGUGGACCUUCUUAAGAGCUUUUAAGAAAUAAUAAUUAAACCAAUAAAAGGCGAAAAGAUU